AUGGGGUUUGAUUGUACAUUCCUCCAGCCGCAGAAGAAGCGCGGUCCAACGGGCCAUCGCGUGUCGCAAAUCCGACAGCAGCAAACUCAUAUCAUCUCUCGAGAUCCCUCGGAAACUCCGAUCUCCAAACAAGAAUCUUUCCAAUAUCAUGUCCCGAAUGUCCCGAACUCGUCUGUGGAACCCGGCCGGCCCGUGUCCAUACCGGGGACAUCCUGGGCAGCCGUGGUAGACGCCUGGGCCGCCGAUGCCGCGUCUAUGGACUCACAUGCUAAUAGUGCUGCUGUGGGUUGGAACGACCGGCAAGACGUCGAAUACUGGCUUCCGGACCACCUAGGCGCCCAAGUACCAGUCUUCGAGUUCCCCGGAAGUAACAUAUAUCUCAAACCAUCUCUUCCCUCUAUCAUCCAACCAGUCCCCGAUGCCUCGGCCAUGAAUAUGUCCCCGCAGGAUCAUCAACGGAUGGCAUUCUCUCCAGCCGUGGGAUCCUCCAUCCAAUCCGAUAGCCAAGACGCAGACGAAUUCUGGCCUGCUGCUAUCAAUGAAUCUAACAUGAUUCCCUGGAUCGAUGUAUACUUCGACCGAUUACACCCCACCCUUCCGGUUCUCAGUCGCUCUUCCCUCUUCACCCGCAUGAUGUCCCAGGAGCAUCGCAAAAACCCCCAGUUUGGAGCAAUGUUGCUUUCCUUGUGCGCGUUCUCGUUGACGCAACCGAUUGAGAUUAAUGAACGUGCAACAACUUCGUCACGUGCCACACAGGCACGUUCCAUGAUGCACGAGGCCACCAAAAUGCGGAGCUGUUCCGACUUCGGCGAAAACCCUACCAUUGAGGCAGUUCUGACAAGUUUCUUUCUUUUCGGCUGUCUCUUCGGUAGCAACCAGCACAAUGCUGCAUGGCUUCGGUUGCGAGAGGCGUUAGAUCUCGCCUCUACACUCGGACUUAACGACCCUGAAUCCUAUCGCGACUUAUCUGGGGAUGAAAAAGGACAAAGAUUGCGGACAUAUCUCGUUUUAUCAAUUACAGAAAGGGCAUAUGCUCUUCAGCGGCUUCAUCCGGUGACAUUUUCCGGAAAACCGGGAUUCAGCAUGCGCUCCGUUCACGAUUUCCUUCACAAUGCAACCCACAGCCUAGUCUCGGGUAUUAUUGUCCACAACGAGAAAGAUGCCGAGGGGAUGAUGGGCCUAGCCCGGCUGAUGGAGUUAUUCGAUGUUAUCGACGAAGACAUCGUACACUGCUGGAAUCAACGAUGCGACAUCAGCAAAGGAUUCUGUACAAGAUUCACCGAGGCUAAAGCACUGUCGAUGUAUGACAGUCUUGAAAAAAUCAGCCAAGCCGAGCGAUUCAAGGGAUACGACUGGUUCGAGAAAGCAAGAGGGGAUCGAAACGACAACAAUGCUCUUCUGGCCAUGGGAUUGCGUGAAACGCAGGCCGCAGAUGUAUUCAUUACCCAAAGAUGGAUUCAGAACCGUGUUUGGCUUCUCUGUCUCAAUCAUGGCUUCUUGCGCUCUCAUUCUGAGCGGCCUGAUCUCACAUUUGGCUAUGCCGUGUCUGUCGCUGAAUCAACCUUACAACUCUGCCGAUCAUUGAAACUCAGCUCGAUGGAAGCCCACGGGAUUGGAUUUACCGAGAAGUUAUAUGACAUUGCAGUUAGCGCAACCGAUAUUCUCUGCAACAUCAACCCACCCUAUGGGACCGGAAUGGCGCCAUUGGGCAAUUUCACCGACUCAAUACCCACAACCUCGAAUCCGCAGACCUUAGCUGAGGAUUUUCUGCUACUAUUGAACAGUUUCCGAGGUGGAAAUCACCCCUUCUUGGAGAAAUACAAAGCUCACCUGCAGUCGCUGCAGAUUCCGAGCGGCAAGGUAGCUUGGGCUACACAAUGA